AUGGAGCGCUUUGACUGCCACCACUGCGAAGAGUCUCUCUUCGGCAAGAAGUACAUCCUGAGGGAGGAGAGCCCUUACUGCGUGGGCUGCUUCGAGGCCCUGUACGCCAGCACCUGCGAGGAGUGCGGCAAGCCCAUCGGCUGCGACUGCAAGGACUUGUCCUACAAGGACCGGCACUGGCACGAGGCCUGCUUCCACUGCUCCCGCUGCGAGAGCUCGCUGGUGGACAAGCCCUUCGCCGCCAAGGAGGACCAGCUGCUCUGCACCGACUGCUACUCCCACGAGUACUCGUCCCGGUGCCAGGAGUGCAAGAAGACCAUCAUGCCAGGCACCCGCAAGAUGGAGUACAAGGGCAGCAGCUGGCACGAGACCUGCUUCACCUGCCACCGCUGUCAGCAGCCCAUUGGGACCAAGAGCUUCAUCCCCAAGGACGAGCAGAACUUCUGCGUGCCCUGCUACGAGAAGCAGCAUGCCCUGCACUGCGUUCAGUGCAAAAAGCCCAUCACCGCCGGAGGGGUCACCUACCGGGAGCAGCCCUGGCACAAGGAAUGCUUCGUGUGCACCGCCUGCAAGAAGCCACUGUCCGGGCAGCGCUUCACGUCCCGGGACGAGUUUGCCUACUGCCUGGACUGCUUCUGCGACCUGUAUGCCAAGAAGUGUGCCGGCUGCACCAACCCCAUCAGCGGCCUCGGCGGCACCAAGUACAUCUCCUUCGAGGAGCGGCAGUGGCACAACGACUGCUUCAACUGCAAGAAGUGCUCCCUGUCGCUGGUGGGCCGCGGCUUCCUCACCGAGCGGGACGACAUCCUGUGCCCCGACUGCGGGAAGGACAUCUGA